AUGAAAUUCAAGAGAGGAGACGAAAUCGAAGUGAGCAGCGGAGAGCAGGGUUACCUGGGCUCUUAUUAUGAAGCAAUAGUGUCCAGGAAGAUUAGCAAUACUAUGUAUAUUGUGGAGUAUAAGAAUUUGAUCAAAGAUGACGGGUCAGGACCUUUGAGAGAGAUUAUCAACAUCAAUGAGAUUAGGCCUAGGCCGCCGAUUGUUCCUUUCCCAGCUGAAGAUUUAUCUACAGGCGAUAAAGUUGACUCCUAUGACAAUGACGGUUGGUGGAGUGGAACUAUCUGCGAAAAGAAAGAGUCUGGAUAUGUUGUGCAUUUUCACACCACUGGAGAGACCAUCACUUUUCCCGAUACUGAGAAGUUAAGGAUCCAUCUGGAUUGGGUUGAUGAAAAAUGGGUCUCUACCAAGUUUGG